AUGAUGGAGAAAGAGGGAAAUUAUUCGGGAAAUUUUCCUGGUCUGGAUUACAACAAUCCCACUGAUGUCCAAACUCAUCAUGAUCAUAAUCAGCAUCAAGACAAGAUGACUACUGCUGAUUACAUGCCGAAUAAUAAUCCGACGGAUGAUGAUCAGCCGCUAUCGUCCAACUUUUACGGUUCAAGCUCGUUCGACAAGUUGAGCUUUGCUGACGUGAUGCAGUUUGCCGAAUUCGGCCCUAAGCUUGCCUUAAACCAAACCAAAACCGGUACCCUCAACGAGGAUGAGGCAGGGAUUUUUAAUAAUAAUAAUAAUAAUAUUGAUCCAGUUUAUUUCCUGAAGUUCCCGGUUUUGAAUGACCGUCCACAUGAUCAUGGUAAUAACCGUGAUCUGUCCUUGAUGGCUUCCGAACAAGCUUUAGGGGGCAAUAAUGACCCUGAAACGGGGCGUAACGCGGUGGAAGCUAAUAAUAAUAGAGGCAAGAGAAAGAGGGCGAGAAGCAUUAAGACGAGCGAGGAAGUGGAGAGUCAGAGGAUGACUCAUAUUGCCGUGGAGAGGAACCGAAGGAAGCAAAUGAACGAGCAUCUUCGCGUGUUGAGGUCUCUCAUGCCGAGCUCCUAUGUCCAAAGGGGAGAUCAAGCAUCGAUAAUUGGUGGAGCAAUUGAGUUCGUGCGGGAACUCGAACAACUCCUCCAAUGCCUUGAGUCACAAAAGAGACGGCGUCUAUAUGGAGACACCGGUCAAAGGACGGUCAACGACCCAUCAUCUGUGCAGCAGCCUCACCCGGUUAAUCAGCCUCCGUUAAUGUUUUCUCCUACACAAAUAAUGGGAAACGAUUACGAAGGGAAGAAUAAUAAUAAUAAUAAUAUUAGUGAUCAUGUUGUGGAGUACGAGACGGAGACAGCCGAGAGCAAGUCGUGCUUGGCAGAUGUGGAGGUUAAGGAGCUGCUAGGGGCUAUAGUCCUGCUUCCUAAUAUUAAAAAUCUAAGUUAA